AUGAACUUCGGACACAACCCAAGAGUGGACAAUCUCAAGAAACAGAUUCCAACAUAUUAUAUCGCUCCCAAUUUCACGACUCAACCCCCUCCCGACGGCCCUCUCGGUCUCGGAACGCUUGUUGAAAAUCUAAAGGACUACUAUCCCAUCAACCAGGGGUCUACCAAUCGAGUCGCUAUUCCAACCGACCAACUCUACACGGACGUCAAGGAAAAUGUCACUGCGAGCUUUACGAAGACAAACAGCGGCGAAGGACGCAUCUUUGCCAGAUUCCUUGACAGUAGUGUUCAUGGCGAUGCCAGUCUCAAGGGCAAACAAAUGGACAAAGACAUAUACAACGUGGAGAGACUGGAGACAAUUUACUUUUGCCCCCAAUCCACCUACAUCAAGAAAUGCUUGAAACUUCAAGAUGUUAUUGACUACAAUGAGAUGUUUGGCUAUAAACAUCCAAUGUACCUCGUUACCGGACUCAAGAUUGCUUGGGGUGCAACGAUUCUCACCAAGCAUGGCCACGGAAUGGAGGGCAAAGCAGAAAGUGAAGUCCUUGCACCAGCCGGCCCUAUUGAUCUGCAAUUGGGCGCCACAGCUGGAGCAUCCAGUGAGUCGGGGCUGCAGUCAUCUUUUGGAAAGCCAGCAGACUUCAUCCUCGGUCUUCAAGUGCAGAAAUUGUACUAUAAGAGAGCUUUCUUUGUCGGCGCACCGACCCUCACAACUGAGAGGGUUACAAAGAAUGCGGUGCUGGUGGAUGAUGAUGGACCAAACAGUGGUUAUGAAGAUGAUGGCGAAUUCGACUACAUCUUGGCUGAUUUGGACAAGGGUGACCUGGAGAGCCUGGUUGCUUUGACUUCAGAUGAUUUCGAUGGCCAUGAGGUCUAA